UCUGAGCUGGCUCGCUUUCAGACUCGCUUUCGUUCUUUACUUACUUCGGUUCAUUUUUAAUGCGCUCUAGUACGAACAGUGCGUCCCAUUUUUUUAAAUUUUUCUUGCGCUUAAAUCAAAUAGACUAUUAUUUGAUUGACAACAUAUUGCCCAGCUUUACAAGGCUUACUGCUAUUAAUCUUUUUAAACGUCUUUUAGCAGCAGAUUUUACUCAGCGCACGCAGACAGUCUUUCUGCCUUCUCAACAAAAUGAUCGUCCAAAUUUUCUAUCUUGCACUGAUCUUUCUGCUAAAGAUGUCGAGUUCUUCGGUGAUCCUUUGUAACAAUGACUCGGAUUGCGGAAAUGAAUAUUACUGCUUAAGCGGCUUUUGCGAAGAAUGUUUUCCUUGCAGUGAAAAAUUUAAUCGGCAACCACCGUCAAACAACAACGAAACUAUUUGCGUUAAAACUGAAGAACAUUGCAGAAAUCGAACUUGCCUUCCUGGAUACGAGGCUGACGAAUUGGCGAAUGGGCAAAAUUUUAGUACCAAAUGCUAUCGAGCAGAAAAAGUCGUCUCGUCUGACCUACCUACCUGGGUCUUUCCUUCUGUGGCCAUAGUUUUCAUGUUCACUCUGGCUCUCUUGGCUUUCUUCUCUAAAAACAUCAGGCUGAAAAUAUCGCCACCUAGGCCUGCGAACGCGGGUGACAUUGGAAUGGAUGACAUUGAACGGUCGCAACCUUCUGCACCUCUUGCGGAUUCUGCCGCAGAAGAGAACACAAAUAACAAUGAUGAGACGGGGUUUCUAAUACAUUCCUGUUCGAAUCCAGUCGUUCAAGUUGACCGACUCUGUCGUGCCGUACCUAAUAUUGGCCCGGAUCACGAAUAUCAUCCGCCAGGAACUAUCGCAGAAGAUCAACCGCUUGUUCCAGAAAAUACUUCCAGAGACAACGAGGAUUCGACUGUCGACGAUGCGACCAAAGAUGCUGCACCGGAGAUUAGUUCAGCAACGAAUACACCAGCAUUGGAAAUGUCAACUAUUAUUCAGUCGAUAGAUUCUUCAGAAGGUACAUCACAAGGUACGGAUCAAGAUCAGUCCCAAAACUGCCUAGAGAUAGGAGCGGCUUUGACAAUAAAACGUCAUUAAAAUUGUCGAAAAAGAAAAACCAAAGCCUUUAAAAGAUCAUGACUAAUCACGAGCACUGAAAACCGAAAAUCAAUUACUGACUUAUAACGUCAUUGUUAAAACCACGUAUUAUGGAAAAAAAAGUUAAUA